AUUUAAACUAGUAGCUAGAAAAGAAGAAGUAGAAGGAGAAGAAAAAUUCCCCCCCAGGCGGAACGCCACAGGCAACGCAACACCACACAAACCCCACCCUCCUAACGCUUCAAAAACACGAGCCACCUUUUUCCGUCUCCCCUGUCUUCCUCGAUACCGCGUCUCCCCCUCCUCCCCCCCCGUUUUAUUUUUUCUUCCCAAGACUUGACCUUCUCUCUCGCUAUCUAUCUCUCUCUCAUCCCCUCUUCUCUGAGACAGACGCGACGCGUUAAAACGAGGGCAGACCAGACGGCCUGCGCUUCCUCUUCAUCCAGCGCUCAGGCAAGCGAGCAAAGCAAGCCAAAGCCAGGCACGCUCUGUUUUCUGCUCUCUGUCUGUUUCUUGGUAAAUGGCCAAACCCAAGAAGAAGGUCUCCUACAUCUCAGUCCCUUCCCAGAUCAUCUCCUCUCUCUCCUCCUCCUCCCUCCAGUCCCUCCUCGUCUCCCCCACCAAGUCUUCUUCCCAGCCUUUCUCCUCCUCCUCCUCCUCCUCCUCCUCUUCCUUUUCCUUCUCCUUCCCUUCCCUCUCCUACAAAAGCCCCCGACUCUGGUUCUUGGCUCUCUUCCUCGUCGGCCUUCUCGGCAUGCUCGUGGUGGGCUUCAACCUCGAUCCUCUCACCCCUUUCUCUCCAUACCCCUGUCCCACCUCCGAUGGCUUCUCCAGAUCGCAGCUCGGCAUCUCCUCCACUGUCCCCGACCCCAGCGCUCAGACCAGCCAGGUUCUGAAUAGCAUUGAGGAACGACAGCCCUCCAUUUCCAGAAAUGCCAGCUUUCACGAGGAGAGUGAGUUCUGGAAGCAGCCGGACGGCCUGGGGUACCGCCCCUGCUUGGAGUUCACUCAGGAGUACAGAAAAGCUAGCCCGGGGAUAGUGAGGAACCGGAGGAAGUAUCUGAUGGUGGUGGUCUCUGGUGGUAUGAAUCAGCAAAGGAACCAGAUUGUGGAUGCUGUGGUCAUCGCUAGGGUUCUUGGAGCUUCUCUCGUCGUCCCAAUCCUGCAGGUCAAUGUCAUCUGGGGAGAUGAAAGUGAAUUCUCUGAUAUAUUUGAUUUGGAUCACUUUAAGAGGGUUCUCGCCGAUGACGUCCAUGUAGUUUCAUCGCUGCCAUCCACACACAUAAUGACACGCCCGGUGGAGGAGAAGCGGACUCCUCUUCAUGUCUCCCCUGCUUGGAUUCGUUCGCGGUACCUCAAAAGGCUCAACAGAGAUGGUGUUUUGCUCCUGCGAGGUUUAGACUCGAGGCUAUCUAAGGAUCUUCCUUCAGAUCUCCAGAAGCUGCGAUGCAAGGUGGCCUUUCAUGCAUUGAAGUUUGCUUCGCCAAUUUUGGAAAUUGGUAGCAAGAUUGCAGAGAGGAUGAGCAGCAAAGGGCCUUACCUAGCUUUACAUCUAAGAAUGGAGAAGGAUGUGUGGGUGAGGACUGGUUGUCUUCCUGGUUUGAGCCAUGAGUAUGAUGAAAUAGUAAGCAAUGAGAGGAAGCAGCGGCCAGAACUUCUCACUGCAAGAUCAAACAUGAGCUACCAUGACCGAAAGUUGGCUGGUCUCUGCCCAUUGAAUGCAUUGGAGGUCACCAGGCUGCUUAAAGCUCUAGGAGCCCCAAAAAGUUCACGGAUCUACUGGGCUGGAGGGCAACCACUGGGUGGUAAAGAAGCUCUGAGAUCAUUGAUUGAAGAAUUUCCUCAUUUAUAUAACAAGGAAGAUCUUGCUUUACCUGGAGAACUAGAGUCAUUUGCCAACCGAGCCUCUUUUAUGGCUGCCAUAGACUACAUAGUCUCCGAGAGGAGUGAUGUCUUCAUGCCAUCCCAUGGUGGGAAUAUGGGGCACGCCAUCCAGGGACACAGGGCUUAUUUGGGGCACAAGAAGUAUAUAACACCAAACAAAAGGCAGAUGCUUCCUUUUUUUAUGAACUCCUCUAUUCCUGAAGAAGAUUUUAACAGAAUCAUCAAAGAAUUGCAUCGGGAUUCAUUAGGGCAGCCCGAACUCAGAACAAGCAAAAGUGGAAGAGAUGUUACCAAGUACCCUGUCCCCGAGUGUAUGUGCAACAGCUCAAAUAAGACUCAUUCGUCAAUGUGACAAGUGAGAUACCCAAGAGGUUGGGGUUGAUGCUUCAUAAGAAAAGAAAUUAGGUUUGAGCAGAUUGAUCUGGGUUAGAGCCCCUGGAGAACCUGGUAGGGCAAUGACGAUCCUUUGAACUGUCAUCAGAGAUAGACAAGUUUGGUGGACCUGAAAUUUGUGCCAUGCAUGAUGAAUGAAGCUGCUCAUCCAUGAGAUAUGAGAAUAAGAUCUCUAUACUGCAUUAUUUUU